CCUCAGGUGGACACUCCUUUCCCAGCGUCCUCCUCGGCUGGAGCCACUGGUCGGUGGCCCGAGGGGCCCAGAGGAAGCUGGCUGCCCGCUGGGCCUGGGCUCGGAGCUGCAGGGCCGCGCUGGGCCUGUGGAGGCGGCGGCGGCUGGCGCGGCGGCUGGAGGCAGAGCGGUGGGCCCGGGAGCGGGGCCGCAGACGGAUGCGGGACGCCCUGGGGCUCUGGCGCUGCUCCUGGCAGAGGCAGCGGUGCCUGCGUGACCGGUACCAGGGGUGGGCGCAGCUGCGCCGGCAGGGCCUGUGCAGGGCCAUGUUCCAGAGCUGGCAGCAGGCGGCAGCUUGUCAGAGGCACAGGACGGCCAGGCCAGAGCGGCUCACCCUGCAGAGGGUCCUAGAGGCCUGGGCCCAAUCUGCCGCCCGGGGCCGUGUCCAGCGAGUCACCAUCUCCCAGUUCCAGCUGGUUGGGCACAGACAGCUCCUGCGGACCCAGUGGCGGACAGAGCUGCGGACAGAGCUGCUCAGUGUGUGGCUGGAACCUCAGGUGGAGGCCCAGGAGACUAGCACAGCCCUUCCCAGGCCCAGGGCCGACCUCGAGCACUGGCAUGGGCUGGCCGGCAGAGGGCGCCUCCUGUGGAACCAGGCCCGCAGCUGCAGGCCACAGGGACCCCGGCUGCCCAGCCCAGCCCAGCAUCGCAGCCUCGGUGGGCAGAGGACGCGGACAGAAACGUCCGGGGCUCAGAGCGACAGCGCCGCCCAGCGCAGGAUGCAGUGGCCCGGACCCAGGGCCCAGGGCUCGCCCCCUCCAGGACCAGGAGGGGACUGCAGCUCUGAAGGCCAGGGAGACAAGAGUUGGCUGGGGAGGAAAUACCUGCGGCGCUGGCACCUCGAGGCACUGCUCCGCCGGCUCCAGGGCUCCCAGCAGGCCAGGCGCCUGGCAGGGACGUGGCAAUGUUGGGUGGAUGCUCAGGGGGCAGAGGAGCUGGCGCGGUCGCUGCUCAGGCAGUGGCAGCUGAGGUGGGUCUGGCGCACGUGGAGGCGGCGGGUCGCGCAGCUGCGGGUGGCUCGGCAGUUACAGGGACGCGCUGAGGGCUGGGUCCUUUCUCAGGCCUUGGAGAAGUGGCACCGGAAUCUGGCAGCCAGGGGCCUGCGGAGGGGCCACCGGCAGCCCGAGAGCCCGGAGGAAGGUGGGCACAGAGCCCGGGGCACCCGUGUGUGGCGGACUCCAGGUGGAGCAGGGGCCGCUGCAGCUGGGACUUGUUGCCGUGGAAAGAAGAUCAGAACAGAGCCCGGCCUUCCCAGGGAGGAACCGCGCUCCUCUCCCUUCCCGGGAGUGCAGACUGGCAGGCCACAGGGCGCUCGGCCCAGCGAAGGGUCCUGGGAGCUUUGA